AUGGGUAUCCCAAUCGGCAUCUAUCAACAGCAACAGUACAAUACUUUUAAUUAUACGCCGGCAACUCCGGCCAUCGCAGUCCCUCAUAUGGAAUCAUCCUCCUCCGUUAUCAGUUACCAUCCAGAACGGGAUCCGGACUUGGAUAUAACUCCAUAUUGGAGAUCCUCAUUGUCUAAUCAGAUAUAUUACAACGAUCCCACGUCAUUCCCAACGAUUCCAUUCGAUAUGAAGAGAAGGGUUUACUCUGCAUUCUUAGCGGAUAAUACGCUACCCAACUUAUCUCCAUUUUCUGACAAUAACAUGAAUAUACCGUUACAAUGGUCAUUAUCCAAUGAAUCCUCCAUGCAACUUUCAAUAAACCCAAAUGAUCCAAAUUUCCACUCCACGAAGAACUUUAACGAAAAAUUUUGGAUCUUUUAUAACAAUUCCACGUCACAUCAUGCCAUUCAUAUCUAUGAUAUAGGGAUUAAAUCAUCAAUCAGGUUAUUGGAUUUGCAUUCAAUAUUAAGUGCAAAUGAUACAAUAUUAUCUAUAGAUUGUAAUUUAAUAGACAUGACUGCUUAUAAUCUUUUGGUUACCAUUGGUCUCUACAAUACUCAUAAUGAUUCCAUUAAAUUUUUCUCAUUAAAUUGUGAUUUUAAUGGUAGUUGGUCAAAUUUAAAGAUAAUCAAUCUUUCACCCUCUACGGAAAAUGGUAAUUUGGACCAUCCAUUCUUGAAAGUUUAUGCUGGUUUGGCUCCAAAUUUUUUGUUUUCCUUUGAUUCCAUUAAUGGAUUAUUAAUUACAGAUCUCUCAUCUUCUACAAAUGAUAAUUCACGGGCAAGAUCAAAUUACAAUUCAAAUGUGUUUAAAGUACCCAUAUCCAAUGAUCAAAUAUUGCAAUGUUUAAGAAGCACAAAUAACGAAAAUAAUUCCAAUAAUUCAUGUCUGAUCCAUUUCCCUCAAUUAUUCAUUCUAACAAAGGAAAAAUUAUGGAUCUUCAGUAGCAUAUUUAGUGAAGAUGAAGAUAAUUGCAUGGAAAUCAAUUUCUCCUUAAAAUACGAUGAAGUUUUGAAAUCAUUACAACAAAUAUCUACAACUACAUUCGUAGUGACUACAAAUCAAAGAUUUUUCACUUUCAACAUGGAUGAUAAUGACACCACUGAAACAAAUGCGAUCCUCUCCACCACCAUAAACAAUAAUACAAUCCUAUACAAGACAGAACCGGAAACACACGAUAACAGCUAUCAAAUCUGUGCGUCGCAGAAUGGGAAGUACAUAUUCAUCUCAGAGAACCAUCAUUACUCGACGCUGUUCUCCAUUUUUGAAAGAUCCAAUUUCCAAACCACCACUUGGAUCUUCCUGGGUUUCGUGGACGUCAAGUCCGUAUUCAAGAUCGACCAAGUGUGCGCGAUGGAUUUCGUUCAGGACCAACUGGGAUCAUAUGGCUCGAUUGUGUUUAUGACGAAUCAAUCGGCACUAAAGAGUUUCUCAGUGAUACCACGACGCGCAAUUGCUUAUUAA